UCGAUUUAGUUGAGUUAAGUGUGUAUGGUCUUUAACUACUUUGUUAACUUGCUCAUUUCUUCGUUACUUUUCAUUUUACAAUGCGUUAUUGCAGUACUCGUGGAAAAGUUAACAACCAGAGUUUUGAGGAUGUUUUAUUCAAUAAUUACACGUCAAUUGGUGGCAUGUUUAUGCCAGAAUUUGUCCCAAAAAUAUCGCAGGAAACUCUACAGUAUUGGUCAAACUUGUCAUACGUUGAUCUCUGCAAAGAGAUAUCAAGGAUUUUUAUUGACGAUAAGGAAAUACCGACAUUUGAUUUAAAUACAAUAAUAACCGCUGCCUUUACAAAUGUCUUCGAUCAUGAAGAUAUUGUUCCAGUGAUUAAGGUGUCUGAUAAAAUCUAUGUCGCUGAAAUGUGGCAUGGACCUUCUUUGGCUUUCAAAGAUCUUGCACUUAGUUGUGUAGCUCAGUUUAUGGCCUUUUUUAAUGCAAAACAAUCUCGUCAUGUUACCAUACUUGUGGCAACAUCGGGUGAUACAGGCAGUGCUGCCAUUGAGAGCGUACGUAAAUUCAAGAAUAUUGACAUCAUUUGCAUGUUUCCAAGAGGCGCUUGUUCUGCUAUACAAGAGUUACAAAUGACCACUGUCAUCGAGGACAAUGUACAUGUGUUUUCUUCCGAAGGCACUUCUGAUGACAUGGAUGUUGUGUUACAGAGUAUCCUGAAGGAUUCGGCUCUUGUGAGGAAGUAUAAUCUCUGUACAGUAAAUUCUGCCAACUGGGCUCGUAUUAUGAUCCAGAUCGUACAUUAUUUCCAUGUUUAUUUUCAACUUUGUGAUAAUGUUGGUGAUAAAGUUCAUGUCAUUGUACCAACAGGUGGGAUGGGGAAUGUAACUGCUGGCUGUAUUGCAUAUCUUAUGGGAUUGCCAAUAAUAAUCACCUGCGCAACUAAUAUCAAUGACACUGCUCAUCGUGCAAUAACAUUUGGUGAAUAUUUCCCUAAAGAAGUGUCAAAAACUAUUGCUCCUGCAAUGGAUAUACAGGUACCAUCAAACUUUGAGAGGAUCAUAUUUCUGUUUGCUGGAGUAGAAGUCGUAACGGAAUUUGUGUGUGAAUUUGAAAAAUAUGGCAAAGCCAAUGUCCCGGAGGUGGCAAGAAAAAAGAUAUCUUCUGUUCUAUGCUCUUGUUCUGUUACCCAAAAUGAAAUUAUGUAUAGCAUGAAAAAGUCGUGGAUUGAAUGGAACUAUUUAGUGGAUCCCCAUACGGCCACUGGAAUCCAUGUUGCUUGCACAAAUAAAUUUCAAUCUAUUUGCGGUCCAGUUAUUCUAUCAACUGCACAUAUUGAUAAGUUCCUUGAAACUGUGGCUUUACUUGACAUUCCUCAUGAACCAAUGAAAUCAAUCCAAAGUUUGAAGACAAAACCAACAAAGUAUAGUGAAUUAAACAAAGGCGAGAACUGGCGAGAAAUUUUAUUGAAAAGAAUUCUGAAUAUUCAGCAAAACUAUACAAAUUCAUGCUAAAUAUGUUUUGUUGGAUGUGUUAGGCAUUCAAAAUGUAUCCUUAUUGUGUUAAGGUAUUUUAAAUCAGUAUAUACACAAUAAAAACAAAAUCUAACAGA